GGCACAGAGGGGAUAUAUGCAGAGGAAUGGGCGGUGCGGAGAGAGAUGAGGUGCAAUGUGGGACACUGGCGAUUCAAUUAGGAAUUAAGACUAUCCCUGUUCAGAAGUUACCACCAGAUAUACAGGAUUUUGUCCAGCAGAGUUACUUCCUGAAAGAAGGAUUCUACUCCUUUGUUAUUGUUCAUCCACGACAUGAAGACGGAGGAGAUUUAAGGCCUUUCCAUGCAAAUAUUCUAAAAAAAUUUACCAAAAGGGAACUAAAGCUUCACCUCUCUAUCGAUGAAGAAUCUUUAGUCAUAAAAUUGACACCAAAUGUUUCAGUACUCCAUCCUAACUCUGUGGUUAGCUUUGCAGAUGGUUCUAAAGAAGAACUAGUGGAUAUUAAAGACCUGAAAUCUUGUUAUCUCAUUGGGAAUAUCAUCUCACAUGGAGGCUUGGCUUCUUUCUCACAUUGUGGAGAAAUAUUAGAAGGAGCUAUGAUGAUAAAUGGAACUGAAAUGUUGGUGAAAAGUUUGCCCCAACAUCUUAUUCAUCGCCAUCGAAGAUCAGCUUUUGACCAACCAAUUCUAAUUGCAAAGAGACAAAUGAAUUACUCAACUGGUUAUAUUAAAACAGAUCCCAUCUCACCAGAAAACAGGGAGAGUUACAAGAAAAUAUUCAAAAGAUCAGAAGGAUUGACAAGUUUGACAAUAGAAAUUGCUGUUUAUGUAGAUUCUGUUUUAACAAAGUCUCUGGAAGAGGAACAUCAUUUGAUGUCUUUGCAACAGAAGAUAGAUUUUGUGGUCAUCAAAUAUAAUGCUGUUCAGUAUGAAUACUGGAAAGAGAAACUUAGUGAUCUCCAUAUCAUCAUUCAAGUAAAGAAGAUUGUCUUCUUUGUUAAAGACCCGAUGGAACACUUCAAAGAAAAGAAUUUAGACUCAAUCUUAUAUUCAUUCUGUGCUUGGCAGCGAUUUCACAUUCCUCGAUUUGAUCAUGCUAUGCUCUUAUCAAACUUAGGUAUGUCUCACAGUGAUAAAACAGAAGAAUGUAAAACGCCACCAGCAAGUCAUGGUAUCAUGGGAACUUUGCGAACUGGAUGGAGUAUUUGCUCCAGAAAAUCUCUGCUGCAACUGAUAGACAACAACCUGGCAGAGUGUCUGUUUGAAGAGAAUGUCAAGCGAAACGAAGUUGCAGACACUUUUAAAAGCUUAACACUAAAUGGUCUCUUACCAGGUCUAUACCUUACACCAGAUGAUACAUGUGAAAUGAACUAUGGACCAGGCUUCCGUUACAGAGGAUUUCCUAAAGAAACUCCCAAUACCGAGUGUAAGUUCCAUUCCUGUACAUAUCUCAUUCAUGAUGAAAGAUUUGGUGAGUCGAAGGUAAAUUAUCAUGGAAUAGCUGGUGCUUAUUGUGGAAAGAACAAGGUAUGUUUACUAAAUCUACAUUGUGUCAGUGUUGAGACCCUAAGUUUGAAAGUGCCAUUAACUAUCCAGCCAGGUGGUUGGGGAUCAUGGAAUGCAUGGUCUGAAUGUACUUCAGUUUGUGGAACAGGGAUCAGGUACCGAGAACGAUUAUGUACUAACCCAAAACCAUUGAACAGUCCGAAAUGUCAGGGACAACAAUACAGUUCUGUUGUUUGUACUAGAAAGCCAUGUUCAAGAAAACAGCCAAUGCACAACAUAAUUCAGAAAGCAAUUAAUGAUUUAUGCGGACAUUUUGUGAAGACUGGAAUUUUGAGUUCCAAAUAUUAUAGUGAAGGAACAUUAUAUGGUUCUGAUAAAUUAGCUGUUUGUGAAGUAAUUUGUCAUUCGAACCCAAGACAAGAAAUUGAUCGAUUUGCUAGAUUUGGCUUGCUUCCUGAUGGUACCCCAUGUGAGGUUUUUGAAUCUUUCCAGGACCCACUGAGAUGGAAAAAGAAGGCAAUAUGUAUCAAUGGUGCUUGCACUCCAGUUGGAUGUGAUGGUCUCCUGUAUGGUAAAGAAUUGGAUCGCUGUGGAAUUUGUGGAGGUGAUGGACGUACAUGUAAAAGAAGAUCUUAUAUACAUUAUUUUAAUGCAAAAUCAAAUCCUUACCUGAAACUGAAGAUUCCUAAAAAUGCAAUCCGUAUCAAAUUUAAAUUUUUCAAUGCAAAGAGACAGACAUACCAGAUUUCACUGUUCUCCAAAGAUGAUCAACCAGUUUUGAAUGUGAGUACACCACCAACUGAAAAAAGUUCCACACCUAUAAAAUUUGCCAACACCUAUUGGAACUAUGAUGCAUCUUCAUUUCUAAUGGCAUCAGGUCCACUUAGUGAAGCUGUAAUUGUCAGGGUAAAUUGUACUUAUGUUGAUGAAAUUGUGCAAUUUAAGUACCACUACUCAGUUUCUACACAGAAAGAGAACUGUGAACUCUCCUGUAAUGGAGGUGGUGAACUUUAUGAAUGUUCUUGUUUGUGCAGAAAGGGUAAAGGAGGUCCAGAAUGUUCAUCAUGUAAUACUGUUUGUUUGAAUGGUGGAAUUGUCAAUGAAGCUACCUGUGAGUGUAUUUGCCCAUCACCUAAUAUGUUACAACCAAACUGUCAAUGUGACCAACGACAUGCAGGCAAAGAUUGUACUGGAUGUAACUACAUAUUCUGUGGCCCUUAUGGAAGCUAUGACUGGGAAAGUUGCCAGUGUAUCUACGAGAAAGGAUUAUAUGAAAAACAAUCUGUAUCUGAUGGUCACUUAUGUGGCGAAGGAGUGGACCAGAGAAAUAUGAAUGCUGCUGUCUCACCUGAAGAAGCACAACGAUUCAGUGGAAAUUAAACCAAAUUGCUGUAUAUUUCAU